AUGCACAGCGCUGCGAUACGGCGAAGACCGAGUGCUGAGUUUCGACGAGAGUAUGAGUAUAAGGAUGUGGGUGAGGAGUAUGAGGAAGGUGAGGAGGAGGAUGCGAGAUAUUUGGAGGAGAGUGAGGGGCUGGUUCAGGGUUUUGGAGGAACGGGGGUGGAGGGGUGGAGGGGGAAGGAGGAGGUGACAGGAGCAAGGGGCCUGGAGCAGAGGCGAGAGGCUAGCCAUGGAGACGCACGCAGAACGGCGGAAUUUCCUGGCUUUCAGAAUUGCUGCCAUGAUGCUUAUACGGAGGAUGAGGACGACGAGUUGGAGUUUGGUCUUCCUAUUAAAAGUCGGAGCAUGACCGCGCGGUCUGCUAGUAGAUACUCUGCGGUGGAGUAUGGUUUGGAGGCGGGUGGUCCUUGGGGCAGCAGCGACCAGGACCAUUAUAUGGAUGACCAGCAGAGUUUCUCAAGGGAAGAAGAAGACCCCGAAGCUGCUGCCCCGGUUCGGCAGGUGGUUAAGCUCGGGUUCCUGCUGCCGUACCCUAAAGCCGACAACGUCAUUCCCGUGCGCCUCGCUGACGAAUGGAUCGCAGCGUCACGAGUGGCUCUGGAGGUGCUAGGGCCGAAAUACUCGAACGCCUUUGACGUGGUGCCGCACAUUGCCAACUCAAACUGCGACCGGCAGGAGGCCAAGGAGGCUGCGCAGCUCCUACUAAGGGACGGGGUGGUGGGCGUAGUAGGGCCAGCGUGCACAGAGGCAGCACUGGGAGCAGCAGACGUGCUCGUUCCUGCUGGUGUUCCGAUCGUCUCGUUUGCUGCCACGUGGGAUGGGUUCAGAGACCGGGAGAGGUUCGGCUCAUUCUUCCGCACUGUCUUUGGCGACAGGCACCAGGCAGCAGCCAUGCGCUCCCUGCUUCAGGAGUUCGUGUUUGAUCGAGUCAUCCUGUUCUUCACAGAGGAUACGUACGGCUCAGCGCUUGGCUAUGAUAUCGAGUAUUUCGCUCGCAGUGACAAUCUGACAGUGCACAGCAUACCCGUGCCAGUGCCCUGCCUCAACUACUCCUCGCUCUUCCUCAACGUCUCCGACCCAAGCCCCUCCAAGCCACUCAUCCAAGCGGAUGACUCCACAGUGGUGGUCCUAGCGGUCUCACCCAACGCAGCUGAGGGCAUCUGGCGCGCUGCUCUAGACCUGGGUCGGUUGGAAUACCCUUGGUGGUACUUCGGCACGGAUGGAGCAGUGGCAUUCGAUCCUGUGGGGGAAGGUCAGAACCUGACAGCCUUAGCGUCAGCACUGCAAGGGGAGAUGGGGGUCGCCCCUUACAAGGGAGACUACUCGAAUUCCUCCCCCAUAUGGGAAUACAUAAUGCACUGGCGGACCAAGCGCCAUGACAUCUACCCUGGCUUGCUCACUCUCGACGUCGGGCCCUCCCUCCCCCGCUUCAACACCACCCGCCAAUACGUGCCAUACCUGUUUGAUGCCGUUCACUCUUUUUUCGAGGCCUUCAGUAGCAUUAUCGCCAACCAGAAUGCAGCACCCACUACGGAGCUUGUGCUGGCGUGCUUCAAAGGCGUGCCGCGGGGAUGCAUCAACUUCACGGGAACAACGGGGCAGGUGAGGAGGGCAAGGGUCAGGGGAGGGGCGAGAGGUAGAGUGUUGGCACAGAGUGAGCAGCACUAG